AUGGACCCUCCAAACCUAGAUAGUCUCAAUCUAUCCGAUUCGGAUUCGGACGCAUUAUUUGACACCCCCGCUGCCAAACAGAACAAGAAGAAGCCGCGAGCGGGCCCUGGAGACAGCACAGAUGGAGCUGGGGGGAGCAAAGCGCGAGCGAAAGAGUCUCACUAUACGGCGGAGGAAGCACGAGAAGCUGCCUUGCGCCAGGAAUUGGAAAGCGUUCGUAAUGUGAAUAGGGUGAUUGAAGGCGUUCUCGAGAGCUUACAAAAAGCGCGGGACAACAUGGACACUGUUUCGCGAACUGUCCACAAUGCCUCCACGCUACUGCAGACGUGGACCCGCAUUCUCUCUCAAACAGAGCACAAUCAACGCCUCAUUCUGAACCCUCAAUGGCAAGGAGCGAGCCAGGAUCUUUUAGAUAUACAAAACGAGGAGAUACAGCGUCAGCAGGCAGCACAUCGUCGUGAAGCCGAAGAACAAGCCAGACGCGAAACUGCAGCAAGAGGCGCAGAGGAAGAACGUCGAAAGGCAGAAGCACCCGCUAGAGGAAGCACAAGAGGCCGCGCGAGAGGGAGUGUCAGAGGAAGGGGCACAACGUCAUCUUCCGGGUACGUUGGAGUUGGUGGACAGACCGGGCGCGGCGUUAGUCGCAGCGCGUCUACACGUACUCGGGCAGGUAGCAGCAUAGGGCGAGGGUUAAGAGGUAAAGGAAGGGGUCUCGGUUGA